AUGCUUUCCUUUCUUCGCGGGCCAGUCUGUGGGACGGAUAAUUGUCCUUCCAGAUUAUGGAGGAUUAUUGCCGGUAGAAGAACAUGUCAAUAUGGGCAUGUGAUGGAAGGUGAUAUCGAAGUUAAUAAUGAUGAUGAUGACUAUGCUGCAGGUGGGAUAGUUACAAGGAGAUUGAAUUUAACUACUAAUGCAACCGGUACCUUUCAGUCGAGUUUGAAUGCCUCGCAACAGCUUGCUUCAAAAUAUCGCGUUAAAGAUAAGAGGAUAUAUGGUUACGAUGCAAAUAUUCUAUUUCUUAAAUCAUUUCAAUAUAUAUUAAAGAAACAAUGCGGAUGGCUUAUAAGGAAGCAAGGGUUCAGUGAUAACUUUUCUCAGGUUGUUAAGUUGCUAUGGACAAAAUAUCUGAAAAAAGUUAACGAUAACGAUAAAAAUAUUAUAGAUGAAGGAAUUAAUAGUUUUUCAAAUCCUGUUAGUUUUAGGAAAAAUGGACGUGGAAAACAUUUGCAAUCACUAAAUAUACACAUUUCUACUUCAUUAGCAUUUUUAUACAUUGCAUCGAUGCAUAUUGGAAUUCCAGUUUACGCAUCUGAUUUCAUCACUUGGAUUGGUAUAUCCGAGCUUCCUUAUUACAAGUCAUACUCACUUCUUCCAAAACAAUGGGUAGAAGGACUGCCGAAUUUUUAUUUAGGUUUACUUGAAGGUGGAGCACCACCUCAUGAAGGUCAGUUUUAUAGAGUUUUGAUUAAGUUAGCCUAUAGAAUUGAAUUAAAUGGAUUUUUAGAUACACACUUUUACUUUGAAGGACUAUUAUUGAAAUUAAUAAUGUCGUUUUCACUCCCACCAUCUGUAUUCCUCAUUGCAGUAGAAAUGAUCAAGAGUUUAGAUAUCGCUGAUAAUUUUAUAUUACCAGAACUACGUAGCGCAAACUUCUUAGGAUAUCAUGUUAUUCCUGAAGUUAGAACAUUGUCAUAUUUUAUUGUCGCAUUAAGAUGGAUUUUAUUAAGUAAUAUUGAUGAUGCUUUUCCGGAUACAUAUUUAAUGGCAUUAUUAAAUGAUGUGAAGAUCGAAUCAGAAAGUGAAUAUACGAUUGAAAACAGAAUUUCGAAACUGAUAUACAAUAAAGAAACCAACAAUGUUUUUACAUGGGAUGAUAAGCAAAGUCUAGAAUAUUUAAACUGGGUUGAGAAAAAAUUUUUACCAAACCAAAAGGCAGUUGUAGAUAGAGAAAAUAAUAUUGAUAAAAAAAUUGCAAGAAGAAAACUUAUGGAGCUAUUCCCAUUAACUGAAAAGGUACAAACUAAGAAGCCUUGGUCGAACUUAGAAAAGAGUAAUGAAAUCACAAGUGAUCAGAUAGCAACUAAUUCAGAAAAUGGAAACUUUGAAAAUGACGUUAGCAAUGACAUAAACAUGGAAAUGAAUUCUAAGACGCACUUACAGGAUAAUAAGGUAUCCUUCAUUAAUGAAUUACAAGAAAAAUUUAUUAGUUUAAGAAACAGUCUCGAGUUUCCUCCGUAUCAAGGAACUGAGCAAUCCGCUGCUCUACCUUCUCGUAUCCAAUUGAUUAAUAAACUCGAAGAUAAAAUAAUUGAAAAAUUGGUAACAGAUUUUGCACUCUCAAAAGUACAACUCGAGGCAAGUGUGAAACAAGUAGAGAAAUUUUGCAUCAAAAGAUUAACUAAAACUUAA